AUGGGGACCGGCCGGAAAGGGACCGCCAGCCAGCCCGCCCCUGCGGCCUCCCGCUUCCGGCCUAGAGCCACGCCCCUCCCUCUCCGCACGCAGGCGCAGCGAAGCAAAGGCCUGGCUCCACCCCUCCAACGCGUUCACCCACAGGCGGCCUCGCCCCUCGAUUCUGCCACGCCCCCUCGCGUCGAGAAGCUGGUCUGCUGCCUUCACUGGGGGCCGCUGCCUGGACCAGACAUAACACGCUGGCAGAUUUUUGUCCUGUGAAUCUUCUGGGUUUUUAUCUUGUGGCUGAUGGCCUCCUACCUGGAUCUGACACCUGAAUCUGCACCCCAAGAAAAACAGAUGUACUUGGUCCCAUGGCACUGCAACUGCCCUUGGUUUAAAUUCAGGAAGUGCAACUGCCCUCUGGAAAUCAACUGCUCCUCCUGCCGCCAGAUGGUCGGAGAGUGGAGCUGGCUUAAUGCAUGCUACGAGAAGACCAUGGGGUACCUGAUGAGGACAAAAGAGUCUGUGACCUCUGACACUGUGUUCUGGUGGUUGGGCAUGAACUCAGGGAGCCAGCUUGGGAAAGUCUGGAAGAAACUGUUUAAAGUGAUGCCCAGGUACCUGGCGAGCCAUUUUGACUUCUACUGUAGGACUUGUGUGGUGCUGGGGUGCUCACAGAUCCUGCAGGGCUCCAGCCUCAGCAACAUUGACCAACACCCCAUGGUUUUCAGGGGAGUGCUGGGAAGGCAGGAGAAUGCCAGUGGCCAGGAUCCUAGGAGGCAGCUGGCCCUGGGGCUGCUGAAGCUUUCUGAUCUGGGGUGGACUUCAGAUGCUCUGAGUGAUGAGAUUUCGGAAGAUGGUCUGGUUCCCUAG